UUUCUUCCUUCUCUCGUUGCUUUCAAAGUAAUUUUAAAAUGCUUCCAGAAUUAAUCAGUUAGAAGCAGAGCCUGAAUUUGAACCCCGAGAGCCUAGUUACAGAAAUCACACUUUUAAUGAAUAUACCCUGUGUCCUGCAAUAAGUGUAAAUACUGCAGUUCAACAAUAAGUAACUCUUUCAAGUUAUGAAAAGAAACCCCACAGUUUUCCUCAGCAUCUCUCAACUCUAAUAGGUGUUGGAGGUUUCGGGGUUAAAUUCAAGCGAGAUUCGUGGCACUGCGUCCUCUUAAGCCACGUGGGCAGCCUGGCCUGUCCAAGGCUGCAGCCUGGUCACGAGACUUAGUCUGUCUCCCACACUAACCCCCACUAUGUUUCCUCUCCCAGUGGAGCCAGCGGUGACUGUGUAUCCUGCGAAGACCCGGCCCCUGCGGCAGCACAACCUCCUAGUCUGCUCUGUGAAUGGCUUCUACCCAGGCCACGUUGAGGUCAGGUGGUUCCGGAACGGCCAGGAAGAGGAGGCCGGGGUGGUCUCCACAGGCCUGAUCCCUAACGGAGACUGGACCUUCCAGAUCAUGGUGAUGCUUGAAGUAGUUCCUCAGGGUGGAGAGGUCUACGCCUGCCAUGUGGAGCACCCCAGCCUGAUGAACCCCAUCACAGUGGAAUGGAGGGCACAGGACAAAUCUUCACAAGAAAAGAUGCUGAGUGGAAUCGGGGCCUGUGUUCUAGGUCUGCUCUUCCUUGGGAUGGGGCUGCUCUUCUACAUCAGGAGACUGACAAGGAAGAAAAAUCCAACUUGCAGAUUAUUAACAUCUAUAAUGAAAAGAUGCCAUUCCUACAGAUUCUACAAACAUUAAAAAGAUGCUAACAGAAUAUAAAGAAUUUUGUGCCAGUAGAUUUGACGUUUUAGAGGAAAUUGAAAACCACAAUAUUUCAUGACCUACUUCUGUGUUAAAGUCCUUACACUACUCCUUCCAUUUUCAGUUAUGUUUGAAAAUUUCCAUAAUAAAAUUUUUUUUUAAUAAAUAAAAAUAAUAUUUCCACAGCUACUUCCAAAAAAAUUAUCCCAAAACUUCUACAGCCAUUGGAUUUCCCUGAUAGUACAGUGAAUAAGAACUUGUCAGUCAAUGGCAGAGCACAUGGGUUCAACCCCUGCUCCAGAACGAUUUGACGUGCCUCAGAGCA